AUGCCAAAACAACUUUUAGUAACAUUUACACCUAUUCGAUCCUGUCUUGUUCAUUUACCUUCUCCAUGGGCAAAUGCAUUGAUUGACCAGGGAAAACUACCCCAGAAUGUCAUGGUUGAGUUGAGCUGGCCAAGUCAGGGCACCACUCAAAAAGCAUAUUGUGGUUGGUCCGGGGAAGCUUCCAAACCUCUGGAUCCAAACGCUGUGUUCAAGUACGGAAAUCCCCCUCCUGAUGUAUUGGCCAUAGAUCCCCAGUUUGGGCAAGCAAUAGGAAUAUCUGAAGGACAAUUGGUGAAUGUUGAGUUUUGUCGAAAUGUACCCGAGUGUGUAUCUGUGCACGUGGAACCGCACACUGAGGAUGACUGGGAGAUCCUGGAACUUCAUGCUGGUUACGUGGAAGACAACCUGUUAAGUCAGAUCCGUGCGGUGUAUAAUAACCAGCUAAUGUGUGUAUGGAUCCAUGGUCGAACUUUAGUUCGCUUACGAGUCGCCGAAAUUAGUCCUGCCAGCCCAUAUGUAAAGCUUACAACCAACGCUGAGGUUAUUGUGGCCCCCAAAGUACGCCAAUCUACAAAGCCUGCCGACAUUGCUGCCUCAAAGAUCCUUUCAGCCCAGCAACAACAAGCAGCACCUCAUGUUUGUUUGCGCAACUUACCUUACACGCUUCCAGACGCUCAUGGUGUAUGGAUUCACCCUGAUGAUAGUCAGGAAUCUGGGCUGGUUAGGAUAUCAAAAGUUAUUCCUGCCUUUGCCGGUCGUAGUCAACCAUCAGAAGAUACUCAAAGUGAACCACACACAGACAAAGAUAUAAAAGCUGUGUAUGCAUCUAUCACUUUGAGUACUCUUGUACCACGAAAUCAUGUACACAUCGAAUCUUAUCUAUCAGAUAAUGAUCCAAUUGUAUUGACGCAUGGAAUGAAGAUCCGCCUUCAGGUUAAUGGAAAAAGUGUUGCCUGUGUCAUCCAGUUGAGUCCUCAAAAGGGGUUAUUUUCCUCAACUCAAACGACCGCAGAACAGAACAUAUACGCAAACUUCACUCGUGCUGCGGUGCAGAAAGCUUCGAUUAAUGUGGGAGAAGAUAUUUCAAAAUCAUCUAUUACUAAAGAAGAACAACCACCUACAAAACCCAAGAAAUUGAUUACAAUGGGUGGCGUAGAUACUAUCUAUGGCCAGUUACAUCGUUACACACAUGCCAACUUGGCUGAACGAGAUCUCAAGUCUCAAUUGAAUGUACCCGGCUCUGGUGGUGUGCUGGUGACAGGUGCUCACGGUGCUGGAAAAACCAGCUUGGUGAAAAAGUUGAUGGAGGACGUUUACCAUGAUCCUGGAUGCCUCGUGUACACCAUCACAGUCCAGUGCUCAGAGUUAGUCGAUGAACGUGUACCGGUAUUUAAGGAUAUGCUUCAGAAAUGGUUUGAUGAGGCUGCAUGGUGCGCGCCUUCAGUAUUGUUCUUUGAUGAUCUUGAUCGUCUUAUUCCUGCCGAGGUUGAACAUGCAGACUCGACAAGAUCUCGCCAUUUGGCAGAGCUUUUUAGCAGAAUGGCACGUACUAUGACAUCUCGCCAUCCAAUAAUGAUCAUUGCCACAUCGCAACAGCAACAGUCGCUUCACCCAACUAUGAUCACUCACCAUGUAUUUACUGAACUUCGUCAUGUUAACCCACCUACUCGUGAUGAACGUAAACAAAUUAUGCAUGCUAUAAUGUCUGAGGGAUUAGACGUAUUGUCACAAAGUCUUCCAAACAUCGAUUUGGUAGCAGUUGCAUCUGACACCGAAGGUUACUUAGCCGCAGAUCUUACGGCCCUAGUAGAGCGCGCUGUACAUGAGAGUGCUGUUCGGAACAUCCGCUCUUACGAUGCUACAAAUCCAAUUGCCACCGAAAGGCUCGAGUUGACCCAACAAGACUUUGUUUCUGCACGCCAAGGAUUCGUUCCAUCGUCAUUACGUGGCGUAAAACUUCAGUCAUCAACCGUGCAGUGGACUGAUAUAGGUGGUCUUCACGAAACUCGCAAGGCAUUGCUGGAGACUCUCGAAUGGCCUACAAAAUAUGCCGCCGUGUUUUCUCAGUGUCCUCUUCGUCUCCGAUCAGGAUUAAUGUUGUAUGGAUACCCCGGAUGCGGAAAAACAUUGUUGGCUUCAGCUGUUGCCAAAGAGUGUGGCUUGAAUUUCAUCAGUGUCAAGGGCCCCGAAAUCCUAAACAAAUAUAUUGGAGCAAGUGAAAAGUCCGUCAGAGACCUAUUUGAUCGUGCUCAGGCUGCAAAACCUUGUGUCUUGUUCUUUGAUGAAUUUGAUUCUAUUGCUCCUAGAAGAGGACACGACAGCACUGGUGUGACAGAUCGAGUGGUAAAUCAAAUGUUAACUCAAAUGGAUGGUGCUGAGGGUCUUGAUGGUGUCUACGUUCUGGCGGCUACAAGUCGUCCUGAUCUCAUUGAUCCUGCCUUGCUGCGUCCUGGUCGACUUGACAAGGCAUUACUGUGUGGAAUGCCAAGCUUUGAAGAAAGACUGGAUAUUCUAGAGGCUCUUUCUCACAAGAUGACGCUGGCGUCAGAUGUGGAUCUAACCCAUUACGCACAGAACACAGAAGGAUUUACGGGUGCGGAUCUUCAAGGAUUCUUUUACAAUGCCCAUCUAGAAGCUAUCCAUGACUCUAUGGAUAUUAACAGCUUCCGCGAGCAACAGAAGAAGCAGGGACCUAAAGAAGAAAAGAAUGGAUUUGUGAUGAUUGGAAAGGCGGCUGUCAAAACACCUCUCACUUUAGCUGAGAAAGGACACAUCUCACAAAGGCUGGCCAUGAUUCAACAAGGCGAACAGAAUCACAAACAGUCUGCUUUGAAAGAUGAACCCAAGCAGGAAGUAAGCAUCAGCAACAGCCAUACAGCGGCUAUUCAGCAGAGUCAUCUGGAUAAAUCUCUUAAGAGCACCCGACCAUCCAUUACAGCCGAUGAGCGCCUAAGACUCCAACUUAUAUACGAUGAAUUUGUUACUGGCCGAACUGGUGAAUUGAAAUCUGGGGAAGGAGCCAAAGGUGUUGGUAAACGAUCAACACUUGGCUAGAGAUGAAAGCAUUUAACGUAGAAAAUAAACUCAGCAUAAGCGGGUCAUAGAAUUUGCAUUCAACCCCUC